AUAUUGAGUACAGCGUCAGUCAAACACUCGUCGUGUAAUCAAUACAUGGUUUUUGUGCAGUUGACAGCUCCGUCAAAUAGAAGUAAAUGAUCAAUUUACGUGUUUAAUUUGUUGUAGCGCAUUUCGGAGAUUGAAUUGUACUUCAGAAUACAACAAACGUUGGACAAACCAAUUUUCUUUCAUAUUUCAGGCGCACUUAUUUUUCUCGUAUCAUAAGUUUGUGUUUCAUUCUAUUUACGGGGAAACCAGUUCGUGUCUUUUUUCUCGGUGAUAGUUAAAUUUUGAACGUUGAUAUCGAUAAUAUUAUCUGUAAAACGACGACGGUACGAUUAUAUAUUCGUGCCGAAUUGGGUGUGUUGUUCAAACUAAAAACGACAUAGAAAGCGAUUUGGAUGUGUGUGAACGCCGACAAUUGAAAAAAAAAAUCUCACACCCGAUCCGAUUAUGGUCCGCAUUUUUUUCUAUACUGAUAAAUCAUGUAUAGACAUGACUAACAGUAAUCGGACAUACAAUAGUCGCAUGUCUCACUCUCAGUUCCAACCACCACCAACACCAACACAUCGACAAUCAUUUUGUGAAUUUAUUUAACAUCGGCGCAAACAAAAUGUUUUUCGUCGUGGAAUAGUGUAUAAAAUGAUGAAUGCACGAUUUUUAACAACAAGAAUUCAUUUGCAAUGUAAAUGACACUGAAUAUACUGCCCCUCAAAAACCAAAAAAAAGAGAAAAUAAACAGCACACAAACGCUUCGUUCGAUAAAUGAUCUCAUCGAUGGAGAGAAACAAUCAAAGUAUGUGUCUGCUCAAUUCUGAAUGGGUAACCAAAUCGAUCGAAUAUCAUGGCCAACCAUUGCAGAAGGUAUGGGAAGGCGAGCAUGGCAUACAAAGUUUACAAAAUAUUGGAGUGCGUAAUCCCGAUUUUACAAUGUAUCAAACGCGACAGAAGCAAUUUGUCUUCCAAGACCGUGCCAAACGUUUAAAAAUCCAUUCGUUUAUUGCAAAAAAAGCAAAUGAAUUGUUCGCAACCGAUCCGGCCAAAGAAUGUGCACGCACAAGUGAUACAAACAUUGCCAUCGCCGAUGGUGCCACCGCGGCGGCCACAGGAUUGUAUGCCGAUAUGCCACCAUUAAAUGUGUUUCUGCAUGAAAAAGCGAAUCGUUCCAAUUUGGUGAAGAAAAUUUACUCGCAUCUCAAUGUUGGCGAUGUAAUUUAUGGGAAAAUUCAUAGUUUGCAACCCGGAGGCUGUUUAAUUCGCUUGCUAUGCACAAAUCCGCCAAACUUCCACAUUUUCAAUGAUGUUAAAGCCCGGGCAUUUUUGCCACAUUCACUGCAAGUACCGGCCGUUGAUAGCAAGGGCAUUUCUCGAAAUUACUUGUCAAACGAUUUGGUGUGUUGUGAAAUAAUUGAGGUGAAUGAAUUGAGCGAGAAAUUGGUAGUUGGCAUGAAAGGUCAAUAUUUCGAUCGAUCAAAAACCAACAAUGAAAUGGCUGAUAUCAAAUUCGGUUUAACCCAAUCGAAUCAAUUGCCGGAAAAAUACAAGUUCGCAUCGGAAGUGGUGGGUCGAUCAUAUGAGUCGGUAUUAGAAGAAUCAUCCGGUUUCGAUAAUCCACGGUCUAUCGAACAUUUAUGUGCAUUGGUUGGCUUAGACUCGAAUACAUUUUAUACGAAUAUGAGUGGUUUACGUGGGAAGUAUCCAAACGAGGAUUAUUCUUCAGAAUUGAGGCAAUCACAAGCAAGUUCGUGGGCAUUUAGGUCGGUUGCCGAUGGUAUUGAGCAUUUCAAAGAGGGUCGUCAUGCGGAAGCAUUUCAAUGUUUGAAUAAAGCGCUCACCAUUGAUCCGUGCAAUGUUGAAGGAUUAGUUGCACGGGGCGCACUCUAUGCAAACAAUGGUUCAUUGAAAAAAGCGGUUGAAGAUUUUCAAUGUGCAUUAAAGAUCAAUCCAACGCAUUCGAAUGCCAGAAAGUAUAUGGGCGAAACAUUGGUCGCCCUUGGUCGUAAUUAUGAAGAAGAAAAUUGCCCAGACGAAGCGAAAAAGGCAUAUCAAGAUUGUUUGGCCAUUAUACCAACUCACGAGGAAGCGAAGAAAUCAUUGAAUUUCUUGUGGAGUAAAGGUAGUGGUUCGUCGAAGCAAAUUAUCGAUAUGAAUGACUUGGCGUUGCCAGCAUUGAAUAUCAGAUCGUCGGAUCAGAAUCGUGGUGAUGUCUCGUCGGCAAUUAGUGGUAGCACAAAUGCGGAUAAUCGCAAAGAAAGUAGUAGCUCAAAGAAAAGCAAGAAGAAAAAGACAAAAAGUCGCAAACGACACUCGUCCAGCUCAUCGAGUAGUGACAGCAGUGAAUCAAGUGAUUCGAGCAGUGCUGAAUCGUCAAGUAGUAGCGAAUCGUCAUCAUCGUCAGAUUCGGAUCGAUCGAAGUCACGAAAAAAGAAGAAACGUUCGUCGGAAAAGACGCGUCAACGUUCGAUGUCGCCGUUGAGCCGUCGCAUGGCUAUGUUCAGUGGUGGCGGUGCUGAUGGUAAUUUGGAAUCUGGUCUCGGCGGAAGCAAUGCACCAUACAAUUAUCCGCCGCAAAUGUUCUCGGGCGCAUCUAGCUCAGAGACGGCACCGGUUCAGCCGAACGAUUACGAUUCGAGAGUUAGCCGAUUCUUGGAUAUGACGCGCGAUGAAGACAAUUACGAAGAAAAGGUGCGUAAAUUCGUAGAGGAAGCAUCGAAAUACAAGAAAGAACGCAAAAAUCAGGAAUCGAAGAAGAAAGAUCGCAAGAAAUCCAAGAAGAAUAAGAAGGACAGCAAGAAAAAGAAGAAAGAAAAGAAAUCGAAGAGUAGCAAGAAGGAAAAGGAGAAGGACAAGGAAGAUGUUAUCGAUGGCAACGAACUCCGUGAAGCAUUGAAGCUCAUCACCAAAUUGCCCAUAUUUGAUAUGAACGCAAAGAAAUUGACGGACAUCGAAAUGGUUGAGAAAAGCUUGAAUCAGCUCAAAGAAGAUCCACAUUAUUUCAGGGAAAAGAAAUUAUCGAGCGUCGAAAGCAAGCCCGAAGAAAGUGAGAGUAAAUGGAAAAUGCAAAUGUUCCCCAAAGAAAGCAAAAAAGAAGCGCCGGGUUCCAAGUAUGCGUUCCCUAAUGAAGAUGACGACCAAGAUGAACCGUUGAAUAUUCAAAAGCAAACGCCCUAUGGUGCUCCGCCAGUUUCGUAUCCAUCGAAAUAUGAAACCAACAAACAAUUACAAAUACCACAACAUCCACCAGCUGGCCCAUCGGUUCUAGAUAAAUUCGGUAAUUUCCGUCGAGCCGAACAAGCUGAUGUAUCUGAAAAGCCACCCGAACCACCAUCGUACCGAUCACGCUCGCACAGCCGUACGCGUAGCAGUCGCUCAUACUCACGUUCGCGAAGCCGCUCGCGUAGCUACAGUCGUCGACAUCGUUCACGAAGCUAUUCACCACGUCGUCGCAGUUAUUCGCGCUCGAGAAGCCGCUCAAGCAGCCGCAACCGACGACGCAUCGGUGGCUAUCAGCAUAAUAAUCGACCUCGUUACUUCAAUAACAACCGAGGAAAUCGCUUCAAUCGAGGCUUCCAAAAUCGUGAUUUCCGUAACAAUCGAAACCGCUGGAACAACAACAACAAUAAUCGCAACAAUUGGAACAAUCGAGGCAACCGUAACAAUCGUUGGCGUUCCAGAUCUCGUAGUUACUCACGCUCACGAAGCCCAUACGAUCGUCGUCAUGACAGCAAUCCACCACCAAAGCCACCAUCUCCACCACCACAGGAAAAUUUACAAACCAAUGAUGCUGUCCCAGCACCAAACUAAAAACAUACACUACGAAUACGAACAGAUUCGAUUCUCGAAUUGAAUGCAUCGACUUUACAAGUUACUCUAAACCGUUUAUCCAAUUAACUCUAUCCAUACUGAAACUUUGAAGAAAGAAAAUAACAACAUUUUAUUUUUUUAUUCUGGAUGAGCAUUUUCGUGAAUAUCUGAUCCGUUUCAAUCCAUAUUUGAUUUUGGUGAUUUUUAGCUUCAGCAUUUUGCGAUUUAGAAAUAGUCUGAAUUAGGAUUUCGUUUGGAGCGAAAACAAAAAAAAACAAUAUUUUUUUAUAAAAUCAUUGUUGCACAAAAAACCAGCUUCACAUCGUGGCAAUCUAACUUGAAUACAAAAAAAAGUAUAGCAUCAUACCGCUAUAUUCUAUCAAAGAUUUUAAAAAACCAAUCAAUAAAAUAUGUGAGACAAACAAA